UAGGCUGGCAAUAGGGAAGCCAAAGGAUAUCAGUAUGAGCCCAAAGUUCUUAAUUGAUGACGAGACUUGAAGGUGAUCAUGCAAAUGUCACUGAAGGAACUGAUGAUAAACUAGUCCCUACAAUGCUUAAUCUUGAUGCAAAAUUUGGUCAAUGCUCGACAUUUGUUUCUAUAUGCAUCCAAAGGCCACAGCUGCUUGUUGCACUUGACUUUUUGCUUGCAAUUAUUGAGUUUUUUGUUCCGACAGUCGGCAAUAUGCUUUCAACUGAAGAAGAUAAUAAGUAUUUACAUGUUGAUGCAAUUUUAAUGGAUAAAUCAACUUACAGGCAACCGGCUGCUGAGUUCUCACUUUCUCCAUGUAGUCCUUUGAUUGUCGAAGAUGAAAGAUUUGAUCAUUUUAUUUAUGAUGGUGAGGGUAGAAUACUCUAUUUGAAAGACAGACAUGGAUUUUGUCUCUCUUCACCUAGUUCAGAGGCUAUGAUAUAUGUGGGCAACGGUAAAAGUUUGCAAUUCAAAAAUGUUGUUAUUAAGAGUGGGCAAUACUUGGAUUCUUGUAUUUCACUGGGAACCAAUAGUAGGUAUUCUGCUUCAUGGGAUGAUGGUGUCUACUUUGAGGCAGGGGAUGGUCCGCACCUAGACUCUGUGAGAGAGAGUAGUAAUGCUUUUCUAUCUCAGACUACCGCAGGGGGUAGAUAUAUGGAAUUUAUCCUUGAGUUGCAGGCUAUUGGUCCAGAGCUGACAUUUUAUACGGCAUCAAAAGAUGUUGGGGAUUCACCAAUCCUCCGCAAUAAACUUUUGCACGCACAGCUUGAUGCUUUUGGCAGGCUUGUUUUAAAGGGUGAUACCACUGAAGUAACUGCAAACGCGAUUGGUUUGACAAUGGAGAGUAAUGGAAUUCAAAUUUUAGAGCCUUUUGAUACCUAUGUGAAGUAUUCAAAUGCAUCAAGGAAGACCAACAUACAUCUCUCCAUUUCAGAGAUAUUUAUGAACUUCUCAUUCAGAAGCUUGAGACUAUUUUUAGCAGUUGAAGAGGAUAUUUUGGAAUUUCUACGGAUGACCUCCAAAAAAAUGACAGUUGUCUGCUCACAGUUUGACAAAGUUGGUACAAUAAGAAACCCAGACACUGAUCAAGUAUAUGCCUUCUGGAGACCUCAUGCACCUCCUGGUUUUGCAGUUCUUGGCGACUAUUUGACUCCGCUGGACAAGCCGCCUACCAGAGGGGUUCUUGUGGUCAAUACUAAUGUUGUAAGAGUCAAGAGAGCUCUCUCCUUCCGACUAAUUUGGCCACCAUCCUCAGGUUCUGAGGGCAUUUCAAAUGAACCUGUGACUGUUUCUUCUUCUGAAAACGGUGACCUUGAAAAUGAGUGUUCUGUUUGGUUCCCUGAAGCACCUAAAGGAUAUGUGGCAUUAGGAUGUGUUGUUUCCCAAGGAAUAACACAACCAUCACGAUCAUCUACUUUCUGCAUCUUGGCUUCUUUGGUUUCUCCUUGUUCUCUCAGAGAUUGUGUUACUAUCAGCUCUAGAAAUAUAUGUCCGUCAAGUUUGUUAUUUUGGCGCGUGGAUAACUGUGUUGGUACUUUCUUGUCAGUAGAUCCCAGAAACUCUUGCUUACUUGGUAGAGCGUAUGAUUUGCGUCAUAUAUUAUUUGGGAUUUCAGAAGUCACUCCCAAAAUAUCUAGGCAGUUGGAUGUCCAUGCUUCUCAAUCUGGUGAUGUUCAGACACUGAAGCCCGAAAUACUAUCUGCUGUUAAUUCUGGUCCACGUUAUGAAGCUGUAGCUAGUUUUCAUUUAAUAUGGUGGAAUAGGGGUUCAAGCUCAAGGAAGAAACUAUCAAUAUGGCGUCCAGUAGUUCCUCAUGGGAUGGUGUUCUUUGGUGAUGUUGCUAUGAAAGGGUACGAACCUCCAAAUACAUGUAUUGUUCUUCGUGAUGAUGGAGAUGAAGAGCUUCUUAAGGCCCCUCUAGGGUUCCAAAUCGUUGGGAAAAUCAAUAAACAGAAGGGGAUGGAAAAUGUAUCUUUUUGGCUGCCUCAGGCACCCCCAGGUUUUGUUUCUUUAGGCUGUGUUGCAUUUAAGGGCACACCAAAGCAACAUGAUUUUAGCACAUUAAGAUGUGUGCGCAGUGAUGUGGUAGCUGGGGACCAAUUUUCGGACGAAAGUGUGUGGGAUACAUCUGAUGCCAAGCUCAGAUCAGAACCAUUUAGCAUAUGGAGUGUCGUAAAUGAAUUGAACACCUUCAUUGUCCGUAGUGGUUUCAAAAAACCACCAAGAAGGUUUGCUUUAAAACUGGCUGAUCGACAUCUACCAAGUGGUACUGAUAGUACAGUCAUCGAUGCUGAAAUUAGAACCUUUUCUGCCUCCCUAUUUGAUGACUAUGGUGGCUUGAUGGUUCCAUUGUUUAAUUUAUCUUUAAGCAAAAUGAGCUUCAGUCUCCAUGGACGCACUGAUUGCAUGAAUUCCACUAUCAGCUUCUCCUUGGCUGCCAGAUCAUAUAAUGAUAAGUACGACUCGUGGGAACCUCUUGUCGAGCCAGUAGAUGGGUUUCUAAGAUAUCAAUAUGAUCGUGAUGUCCCAGGUGCAACUUCUCAAUUGCGUCUCACUUCCAUGAGAGAUCUCAACUUGAAUGUCUCAGUGUUUAAUGCUAAUAUGAUGAUUCAAGCUUAUGCAAGCUGGCACCAUCUUACUAAUGUCCAUGAGCACUACAGAAAAAGAGAUGCACUUUCCUCUCCUCUGAGUGGAAGGUCUGUUAUUGAUAUCAUCAGAAGAGGAAUUAUUACAUAAUCCCACAAAAUAAACUCGGCCAGGACAUUUUUAUUCGAGUUACUGAAAUCAGGGGGCCGUGUGAUAUUA